ACUUAAACUCUUUUUUCACGGCGUUUAUUCACAUAAGAGGUGCGCACUAAUGUGCUGUGUGGCCGCGGGUGUCCGAAACAAGAGUUGGACUCAAAUGACAUUGCUUGAGACUGAAAAGUAUCGAGCUAAUUCGCCUGUGUUGUCGUAAAAAGUGGCUAACGCAGACAGCUGCUGGGCAAACGGCGACUGAUGGACGUCGCUAGCAGAAAUAUGCUCUCAUCUUCGGUUUACACUUGUGACCUGGACUUAAAGUCGGUGUGUUGAAAUGCUCGGGAAAAAAAACGUGAUUAUUCUGUUAGCCUUUGCAUCUGCUCCCUGGUGUUGAAGGCUGCUGUUGUAAACAUCCCCAGGCGUUAACGUAACCGAGUUAAAACAAGUCUUGCAUGAACAAACUGCAUUAGUGAAGCGCCUGGAGGCUGUUUAAGAGAGAAUCAAUAACCUAAGAUGAGCUGAAAACGUUGGAUAACAGCUGUCUUGGUUGCUGUUGUAAGCUAGUCUAUGAAGCGACGCUUGAUUUAAACCUUCAUAUAGUUCAUACAUCACAAAGCUCCAGCCUUCAUUAGCCUUAAAGGGGCCGCGUAGACCGUUUACCACAGGUGUAUCUAUUAGGACGAGUUCAAAUGUGCUAUAAGAGUACAAAAGAUCACAUCCUUAUCUUUUUUUUUUUUUUCCUUAUUUUUCUAGACAAAGCCACAAACCCUUCCAACAGACAGGAGGACUGGGAGUAUAUAAUGGGAUUCUGUGACCAAAUCAAUAAGGAACUGGAAGGCCCACAAAUAUCCGUCAGGCUGCUGGCUCACAAGAUCCAGUCCCCUCAGGAGUGGGAGGCGAUACAGGCAUUAACGGUUCUCGAGGCUUGUAUGAAGAACUGCGGGCGACGGUUUCACAAUGAAGUCGGGAAAUUUAGGUUUUUAAAUGAGUUGAUCAAGGUGGUGUCACCCAAAUACCUCGGGGACAAAGUGUCAGAGGGAGUGAAGACCAAAGUGAUCGAGAUGCUGUACAGCUGGACUCUGUCUCUACCGGAUGAAGCAAAGAUCCUUGAAGCGUAUGAGAUGCUGAAGUCACAGGGUAUUGUUUUAGCUGACCCAGAAGUCCCUCUUGAUGCUACAUUAAUACCAUCGCCUUCUCCGCGACCCAAGAAUCCCGUGUUUGAUGACGAGAAGAAGAGCAAGAGAUUAGCAGAGCUGCUGAAGAGCAAAAAGCCAGAAGAUCUGCAAGAGGCCAAUCGGCUCAUCAAGAACAUGGUCAAGGAGGACGAGGUGAGAACACAUAAAGCAAAAAAGCAACAAAGCACACUGGAGGCGGUCAACAGCAGCGUCAAACUCCUUAACGAGAUGCUGGCUCACUUCAGCCCCGAAGACUCCGCGGACGGAGACAAGGAGCUCAUUAGGGAGCUGUACGGGGAUUGCGACAAGCUGAGACAAACUGUGUUUCAGCUGGCCACUGAGACGGAGGAUAACGACAGCUGCUUGGGAGACAUCCUGCAGGCCAGCGAUGACCUCUCCCAUGUCAUUAAUUCCUACAAGAAGAUUGUGGAAGGACAGAUCAUCAAUGAGGAAGCACAGCAAACACAAUUAUCUGUCAGACAAGGUCGCACCAACCAGUCCGAGAUCCUGAUUGACUUGGUGGGUCUGGACACCCAGGGCGUCUCUCAGCCCCCGGCAUCGUCUCUGUCUCUCCCUGCUGACCUGCUGUGUGGGUCCGCUGCCAGGGGCCCUCAGUCCCCCGGCCACGACGGUCCCUCUGCAGCACUCUCUCUGCUGGAUGAAGAGCUACUAUCUUUAGGUCUUAACGAACCGGCUCCUGCGCCAAGUAAAUCAGCACAUGUAAACCUGAACAAUGGUUUGCCGUCUUUACAGGAUUCCAGUCAUGACUUUGAUUUUUUUGACACCACUUCGCUGUCGACAUCGUCGCUCUUUCCAGACGCCCUUUCUGUGACAGCAGACCCGGUUAACCCAGUCGGGUCUUCGACAGCUGCGUCCACCUUAAGCUUUCCUGGUUACGUCUUCUCCACGCCUCCAGUUUCCACAGUGUCCGUUUCAACAACAUCAGUCGUGUUCCCACAGCCCUUCGGCUCAGUAUUGACCACCACGGCCUCUGCUGCUCCUGCCCAGUCAUUCAAGGUGGCCUCGCCUUCUCCCUCAACCUCCUCUCUCACUGCACAACAGGCCUCCACUUCACCUGGAGCGUCCCACGCGACUUCUCUCAGUCACAAUCUGCAAGACCUUGCCUUGCUGGAUCUGGGCAGUCCUAAAAUCACACCUGCUGCGAUGGACUUUGGCAGCUUGCUGGCCAAGAGUGAGGACCUGUUCACUCCCGCUGCCUCGUCCUCCAGAGUUGGUGUCUCCUCCACCACCGCAUCCACCUCACUGCGCCGAGGAGAGAUGCAGGCCGGGUCCACGCACCCGCCUGCCAAGAGCCUGGCAGAUGACUGCCCUCUGUUACGCUCUCUGUCCCCCAUCCUGCCUCUGAGCCAGGCCAGCCCAGGCAAAGAACAAGAGGUGUCCCUGGCCAAUGUCUUUGUCCCUUUGGAUGCCAUCACGCCAAGUAAAGCGUGUCCCGUGACCGCCUAUGACAAAAACGGAGUCCGUGUUCUGCUGCAUUUCGCCAGCGACUGUCCAGCAGGCCGACCCGAUGUACUGGUGAUGGUGGCGUCCAUGCUCAACACAGCCCCGCAGCCUGUCAGGAACAUCGCUCUGCAGGCUGCUGUGCCCAAGACGAUGAAAGUGAGACUGCAGGCGCCCACGGGGACGGAGCUGGCUCCUUUUAACCCAAUACUUCCCCCUGCUGCUGUCACUCAGGUCAUGCUGCUUGCAAAUCCUCUCAAGGAAAAGGUGCGGAUGAGAUACAAACUGACAUUCAUGCUGGGAGAGCAGCCACAAUCAGAAGUUGGGGAGGUGAAUGAGUUUCCGCCUGCUGACAGAUGGGGGGCUCUAUAGCCCGGCCUGCCGACACUAUAAGACAAUUUAAUUUGUCAGUGAAGCUCAGAGGUCCAGAGAAAGGGCAGUAUUAGAAGACUUUUAGGGAAAAAAUGUAAGUUUUUUCUGCUUGAGAUGGCCCACUGAAGUAGCCAAUGUCCUGUAGCGUACGUCCAACUUAAACUUUACUACAGUGCCAGAGGUAGUCAGUGUGGUGCAGUAACAAAUGGAGUGAAGUUUCUGGUAAUGUUAAAUAUUGCUACGUUAUUAUUCGUUUAUUAUGAGUAUUAUUAUUAUUAUUAUACCCUUUUGUUCUUAUUUUAAUGUUCCUAUUUACUGUCUCUCAAUGCCGGACAGUAAGCAAAAAAUAAAAGUUGAAGGAGAUUGUGAAGCCAGGAUCUUAUGAACAUGCGAACAUGACCUGCAUUUCACAUGAUUUGCUGCUCACUAUGUAUGAUAACAACGUUUAACGCUUAAGACAUCGGACUGGAGCAGACAACAGCCCCUCUGUUGCUACACAAAAGGCACCCACAGACUGGCCCACCAAGAAUCAGCUACUUUCAAUAUGCCUCACAGUUGCUACUGAAUACUUUAACUUGUAUACUAACUCGUAGCUCAGACUCUUGUUUUACGCUUUUUAGUCUUUCAGUAUUUAUUGACAUGAAUGUAUUAUUUAUUUGGGUUUUGGGAAGAAGGUGUCAGAUCUGUUAACUUCCUGUUUGGUGUUGCAAUCGACGGCUGCAUUCCUUCUGCAUACUCUUCCGAAUAUGUUACCAAAUAUUUAGACGGCUUAUGUUACAUGAUGUAGCAACAGGGUGGUUUCUGAGGAAUUACAUGCUUUGCUACAUGUCCAGGCUGUGC